CAGACGGUUAAUAGGGCACGCGGCAACGGAGAGAAAACACGAUAUGAGUUAUGUACAUUCAAGAACGGUAUGUACCCGUGCAGAGAACCGUACAACCUACGAUCCAUAUUCACGGUCCGCGAUCUGGAAUUCUUGACGAUGCGGGAUCUUCGAUGGUAUAUCUUAGGGUAUUUAGGGUCCGACUACGCCGUACCGGAGACCCGUGGGGAGCGCGUGAGACUCCUCAAGGGAAUUAUCGGCAUAGUCGUGUAGGGUACCCAAUUGUCCUAUCGAACCAAGGUUCCGAGUGAUCCGUGACCACGUACAGACGUACUCUAGAGUAUAUAUAUAGGCACCGUACUCGGUGUGUCCCUCUCAACGCUGACCAUCGCGCUCGUGAAGGCCAGAUCCAUCGCCAUGCCUCAUACAUCCACUGAGAUGGCGGCCAUAAAUCUUCAGAAGCUGAAGAGCGACCACCAACAAUCACAGUCUUCGCAAGGAGAUUCCAAAAAGUUGGGUGUUACAGGCUCCGAGUACGAUGCACAGGAUGAGCCACCCGAGUGGUUUGCUGAAGUCACGGGCGCGAUCACCGACGCGAUGGUACACCUGUACGACGACACGUCCUCCCAACUCGACGAGACCACUUCGUGCGUCAUGCAUGCUCUCUCCAUGGUGGCGAAGCUAUCCAACGUCCUCGCAAGACGUGUCGGCCUCACUUCUGGAUACGACAUUGUGCCCUUCGUCGACGGGUCCUGGCCGCCCAACGAGCUUCCACCUCUCGUGUCCGACGACGCCAUUGACUCCCUCGGACAAGACGAGCGUCGCACCUACCUCGAAGGGUAUGGUGUCCGUGAUUGGAAUGAAGAGACUUGGAGACCUCUCCUGUUCGAAGCCAUCGGAGCGCCUAUCGAUCUUCCCUUGCCCAACGAGUCGGACUCCAUGGAGGUAUGAAAUUCGAGGAGAACAAUGGCGCCUCAGUAAAUUGGCCUGCUACUGCACGAUCAUCAAUUGUAAUCUUUGGUCUUCGAAUUUAUCUCAUCUGUGCACUUGGCUUCGCGAUUUUGGAUAGGCUGAAAGCCA